GUUGUUUUGGCGGUGGCUACUGUUGUAGCAGUUGUCUUAUAUCGGAUGUCCGUUCUUGCAGCUUUAAGCGUUUACCAAGAUCGCGUUACGACGAGCGCAGCUUUGUUCUUCAGCACAAGUACAGCUGCAUCUAUAAAUUUAUGCUGCAUUCUCGUGUUCAAUUGGAUUUACACAUUCGUUGCCCAAUAUUUGACAGAAAUGGAAUUCCUGCGGACACAAACGGAAUUCGACGAUUCACUCACCUUAAAAAUAUAUUUGUUACAAUUUGUUAAUCAUUACGCAUCAAUCUUUUAUAUUGCGUUCUUCAAAGGAAAAUUUAUCGGAUCACCUAGAAAGUAUAACAAAAUUUUUAAAAACAGACAAGAGGAGUGCGGACCUGAAGGUUGCUUGAUGGAGCUUUGCAUACAGUUAGCAAUUAUCAUGAUUGGCAAGCAAGCUAUGAACACUGUUCUAGAAAUGCUUUUCCCGCUAUUUUACAAGAAAUUGAACACGUGGAAAGUGAAGAUUGGAUUGCAGAAAGAUCAGUCUCCAAUAAAUAAAGAGAAACAGCCUCAAUGGAUCAAGGAUUUCAAAUUAGUUGAAUGGGGGCCGCGAAGUCUGUUUCCUGAAUAUUUAGAGAUGGUGCUGCAGUAUGGUUUUGUGACAAUAUUCGUUGCGGCAUUUCCGCUCGCACCGUUCUUUGCAUUGCUUAACAACAUAUUGGAGAUGCGUUUGGAUGCGCAAAAACUAUUGACCUUUUAUCGGAGACCAGUGACUCAAAGGGUUCGGGAUAUUGGAGUAUGGUAUAGGAUACUGGACUCCAUUGGAAAAUUGUCUGUUGUAACUAAUGGUUUUAUAAUAGCUUUCACGUCUGACUUUAUUCCGAGAUUGGUGUAUCGUGUAGCAGUGAGCGAAGAUCACUCGUUGGAGGGAUAUUUAAACCAUUCACUAUCUUAUUUUAACACGUCAGACUUCCAGGUUGGUUCCUCUCCAAGAGUUGGCUCAGCCAAUGAAUCAAUUUGCAGAUAUCCAGAUUAUAGAGAACCCCCUUGGUCGGAAAAUCGUUAUGAACAUAGUGCUAUGUUCUGGCAUAUACUAGCUGCGCGAUUAGCAUUUGUUGUUGUUUUCGAGAAUGUCGUUGCUUUAGUAAUGAUAAUCGUGAGAUGGUGUGUGGCCGAUAUCCCGAAAGAAUUAAGUGCGCAAAUUAGACGGGAAGCAUUCUUAACUAAUGAAAUUAUUAUAAAGCAGGAAGCUUUAAGAGCCCAAAAUGGUGGAAAUGAGUCUCGUUUGAAUAAUUUGCUGCUGAAUUGCCCAUCCACUCCGGAUCAAUGGGAUACUGUGAUUAAUAAGACAUUAUCAGACAGCGAUUUGGACUUGUAUAUACACAAGCAACAACACAGCACACUACAAGAACCGUCUACAAGUAACUCAGGUUAUUUAAAAGCUCCUACUCAAGUGUAACGUGUCUAGUCAAGCGAUUCCUAAAAUUUUGUGUGUGCAACAUUCUUAUUUUUACUAUUUUUUAAAUACUUAUUAUAUUUAAGAGAUAUUGCAUUCAACUGAUAUUUUAUUCUCCAAAGAAUUGAUACUGAUUUGUUACCACUUAGGAAUUAAUUCCUAGAUAUUAUUUAUUUAUUUUAUAUUCGACUAGCCGAAUCUUUUAACGAUAUUGUUCUUUUG